AUGAAUCGCUCAUCAUCGCCUACCCAACUUGCAUCGCCCUCACCGUCAGUAGCUCGAUCGACAGGUUCGCAGGAUGAUGCAGCUUCGGUAACACGACUGGCGGGGGACACGGGUCGUCUUUCAGUGAAUGGCGGCGCCGUGUCCACCGCUGGACCCCCGUCGACGCAACUGAUAGCCCCCCCUGCAAAAAAGCCCAAAAUGACGUCCCGCCUUACCCGGAUGUUCUCACGGACCGAACAAAAGGAUGUCGACCCUGCCAGAGAUCCUGUAAAAGAAUCCUCUCCAGAUCCUCGCCACGAAAUUGCGAACGGUCACCAACCCCGACCUACGCCAGGAAGACAAUCUUCUGGUGAUCAGAGGGACGGUAAGAAGAUGACCAUACUUGGUGCGGCAAAAGAGAAGUCCAAAGGCGAAGUUCCCUCGGACUCAUCCUACGCUGCGCAUAAACGCUUCGAAGUCGACGAAGAUGGGUCCCAUACCCAUCACCUCAAGUCGGCGAAACGACAGGAGAAGUUAUCCGACAUGCUCCGCGAUUUCAUCGGCGGCGGCAAGAAGAAAGAUCAGGACGGUGGUGACCAACAACUGUCGCUCAUGUCAUCAUGGGUCGACCAGCUAAGAUCCGAGAAGGACAGUCUAGCCGGUGAAAAGAAGGGUGGUCCCAACGCGUCGGCCAACUUGGUUGAGAAAUAUGGCAAGUGCCAGGAAAUUGUUGGCCGAGGCGCUUUCGGCAUUGUCAGGAUAUCGCACAAACCCGAUCCCAACACCGCUGGCGGAGAAUUACUCUACGCUGUCAAGGAGUUCCGCCGUCGCCCUCAGGAAACCUCGAAGAAGUACCAGAAACGCCUAACCAGCGAAUUCUGCAUCUCCUCCUCCCUUCGCCACCCCAAUAUCAUUCACACUCUCGAUCUUCUCCAAGACGCCAAGGGUGACUACUGCGAAGUCAUGGAAUAUUGUGCCGGCGGAGAUCUCUAUACUCUCAUCCUUGCUGCCGGCACUCUUCAGGUGGCCGAAGCCGACUGCUUCUUUAAGCAGCUCAUGCGAGGUGUCGAAUAUAUGCACGAAAUGGGUGUUGCACAUCGGGAUCUCAAACCUGAAAACCUUCUCUUGACGACUCACGGUGCUCUAAAAAUAACCGACUUUGGAAAUGGCGAAUGUUUCCGGAUGGCCUGGGAGAAAGAAGCUCACAUGACUGCCGGCCUCUGUGGCAGCGCUCCUUAUAUCGCUCCAGAAGAAUACGCAGGGGGUGAAUUUGAUCCCCGAGCUGUCGAUGUUUGGGCCUGUGGGGUCAUCUAUAUGGCCAUGCGGACCGGACGACAUCUGUGGAGAGUUGCCCGGAAGGAAGAAGACGAGUUUUAUGAACGGUAUCUUGAAGGUCGAAGAGACGAGGACGGUUAUGCUCCGAUCGAAACCCUGCACAGGGCACGCUGUAGGAACGUCAUCUACUCGAUCCUCGACCCCAAUCCUGGUCGUCGUAUCACCGCCUCCCAGGUACUGAAGUCCGAAUGGGGUAGAGAGAUUAAAAUGUGUAAAGCGGGUGAGGAGGGUUACUAG